AUGAAGCUUUCUGUCACUUUCACGUUUUUUGCUGUGACCGUCAUGUCAUCUUGUGCUACAGCCUCUGUGGUCGAUAAUCAUCACGAAAACGCUAUCGUUUCUCAUCAGAAUGCUUUAUCGUGUACUGACGCACAAUGCGAUGAUGACUACGCUCCUGUGUGCGGUUUCGACGACAAAACUUACCCAAACGCGUGCAUUUUUCAGGCGACUAACUGUCACACUAAUGUUACGAUGGCUUAUUUGGGGCCUUGUCGUGAUAAGUUUGUGGAUAACGAGCGGGUACACUCGUCAGCAUCGGCUACUUCAUCGAGCGGAAAAACGCCUUUACUUCGCGACCGUACUCAGUCAGCUAACGAAGAACGGGGUGUACCCUUACCUAAAAAUCAAGCAAUACCGCUGAUCCCCAAAGGGACCAUAGAAUAUUCUCUGCAACGAAGCGUGAUUAAUAGCGCCAUAAAUGAUGCUCAAUUAUUAUCUGCAAGUGUACAUCCUUACAACUAUCUCGAGGCGCUGCAUGACAAAAACGCCACCUUGUAUUGGCAGGUUUAUGGAUUUCUCAACUUCUGGUAUAAGUGGUUGCACACCCGAUCAGUUCACACUGUGGAUGAAGCAGCUAAUAUGCAGACAGUGUUGGCAAAUAUCGAUCGAAUAGCUCAAAUGCGCCUUGCACAGCUUCCACCUUCCAUUUACAGUAAGUACUUAUCAUACGCCAACCUUUUUAACAACCACUCUGUUAAAAAGGUGAUAACAGAAAUUUGA